CACACACACAGGGAGAUGGCCACGGAAGCUGCUCCCCCUGCCUGGAACCUGAGCACCAUCUCCAGCCCCAACCAGACGGUGAGUGAGCUCCUGCCCCCGGCCUCUCUGGAGGAGCUGGCGGUGACUUGCUCCAUCGGGACCAUCCUGUCGCUGAUGUUUCUGACCGGGGUGGCAGGCAAUGUGUACACGCUGGUGCUGAUGUGCCAGUCCAUGCGCUCCGCCGCCUCCAUGUACAUCUACAUCGUGAGCCUGGCGCUGGCGGACCUGCUCUACCUCUCCACCAUCCCCUUCAUCGUCUGCACCUACUUCGCCAAGAGCUGGUACUUCGGGGACCUGGGCUGCCGGAUCCUGUUCAGCGUGGACUUCCUGACCAUGCACGCCAGCAUCUUCACCCUGACCGUGAUGAGCACCGAGCGCUACCUGGCCGUGGUCAAGCCGCUGGACACGGUGAAGAGGUCGAAGAGUUACCGCAAGGCGAUCGCGGUGGUGAUCUGGCUGGUUUCUCUGUUGCUCGCCCUGCCCAUGCUGCUCAUCAUCAGGUUAAUGCGGAGCCGGGGGAAGAACAUCUGCGCUCCCACUUGGAGCCCGCACAUCUUCCGAAUCUACAUGACCGUGCUGUUCAUCACCAGCAUCCUAGCCCCGGGUAUGAUCAUUGGUUACUUGUACAUUCGCCUGGCCCGGACCUACUGGGUUUCCCAGGUCACCACUUUGAACGACAAGCAGACCAAGCGCUCGCCCAACCAAAAGGUCCUCUACAUGAUCUUCGCCAUCGUCCUGGUGUUCUGGGCUUGCUUCCUGCCUUUCUGGGUCUGGCAGAUGAUCGAGUACUACCAGCUCUCCCUGUCCCUGUCCCAGGAUACUCGGGGGCACAUCAACUACCUGAUGACCUGCCUGACCUACAGCAACAGCUGCAUUAACCCUUUCCUGUACACGCUGCUCACCAAGAACUACAAGGAGUACCUCGGGAAUCAGCAGCGGGGCUUCGGGAACAGCAGCUCGUUCCACGGUCGGAAUCCCCGCUUCCAGCGCUCCUGCCGCCGCUCGCUCUCCUCCAGCAGUCAGCAGUACACCGAGUCGGUCACCCUCAGUCAGAUCUCCGGCUCGAACAACAGCACCAUCUAGAAAAAAAUGAGGCACCAUCUCUUGUCAAGGAGAAGAAAAUUUGCUAUUUCCAAGGAGCUACAAUAUCACCUUUUGAAACUUGAUCACUACUACUUUCCCUCUGAAGCUGAGGUCUUAGCACUUACAUUGAAGGAAAGUGCGAUCAUGAGGAUGGCAAAUGGAAAUAUUUAAAACAAAAACUAAAUUGUUCGGCCUCAGAUAAAGCAAAACAAGCAGAAUAGAAAUGUUCCAACACUCAAAGCUGCCAUUUUAUAAAUCUAUAAACUGACAUUUCCAUAUUGAACAGCUUUCUUGUGAUCAUCCUUAAAGAAAUCUGCUUUUCAUGUCUAAGGGAAAAAGAAACACAUUCGAUUCAAGUUGCUGUUGUGAAUGCAAAAAGGAAGAUUCUCUAUUAAUGCACAAUGUUUACAUAAAUGCUUUGUCUACAGGGGAACUGCACUAGGGCAGAAAUUGGUUUGGCCCAGUAAAUUUGGGAACCAGACCAAUACAGGGAAUGAUCUUUGCACUUGACAGUGAAUGUCCAUAGUUCCAAAGGCAUUGGCCCUUGACAUUCCUUGUAAGCAGUGAGCUGUGACCGCCUCUAUCAGACACACUCUGAUUUGAUAAUCAAGGCCACUACAAUAUGAUCAGUUCAGAUGCUAAGUCGACUUGUAGAUUAAUCUAGAAGUUUGGUUGAGUUGACAAACAUUGAAAGGCAAAAAUUUGCUUACAGCAAGCACAAGAUUAGGUAAAUCAAGGUGAAUAAAAGUAAAAAUAAAAUCACAGUUUAGGUUACUGUGGAGGUAGAAAAGCUCACCUGAGUUUGCAAUGCAUGUACAAGUAUUGCAUAAAUAUCCUGAGACAAGUUGAGCAUAAAAAUGACAAAAGUUGAACAAUGGCCAUAGUCUUACUGUUCUGUGAUGAAAGCUAUAUUUCCGAUUAAAAUGCUGGGCCUUCCAGAGUACUUCUCGGUGGUCGGUACAUGUGCUAAGUCAAAAGCCUUCAUAUUCCUUUUCAGCCUGAAUGACAUUUGCUCAAUCACAGACACUACGCAUACAAUUCCCUGUACCUCAAUCCACCUUCACAAAUUCACUAACAUCUACAGUUUCUGUCUCAUACCAAAGGCUGAAAAUUUUGCCCUGUUCCUAGAAGUCAUAGCUUUCCUUUCUAUUCUCAGGGAUGAUACUUUGUUUCUCAAUUCCAAUUGUGGUAUCUGUCAGUGCUCCCUCGGGGCUCAACUGGAACUACUGCCUAAGCAUCAACAGAUCCCAAGAUCCUUCACAGACGUCCAUGUCCCUUCUUGAAAAAGACCCUGAAACUCUCAAUUGUUCCAAAACAUUAAUAUUUUCUCGAGAACUUACAAACUACACUUACCCUCUGAGUGUUCACGUACUUAUAUAGUUCACUGCCUCAAAAUGAAUGCUCCAAUCCCCAGGCGUCAGUACUUUCUAAGAACCACAUUUUAUCCAGACCCAGCUUCUCUCACUUAGCCAAAACUUAUAAUUACCCACUCUCUCUUUAAAUUUGCGUGUGUUCCACCAGUUGCUAGAUGAACUUUGCCUUCUCACUCUGGAUCUUUAAAAAGGUAAGUGUCAGCAACUUAUUACAUGAAUCAAGGUACAUAUGUCAGAGUGGUGCAGAGAUACUGAUAAAAAUGUAAUGAAGAUCAAGGACUCACAGGUAAGGACAGAGGUACGCAAAGUCAGAAGUCACAUGACACCAGGUUACAGGUUUUUUUUUAAAUCACAAAUUUUCAGAGUG